AUGCACGGCUCCGGGCCGUCCCCCGGGACGCCUCCCUCGCGAGGCUCCCCCGGCGAGUCCCCCGACGCGGCGGCGAGCGCGGCGAUCCGCGAACGCGGCGGCGACGCGUCCCCGAGCGGCGCGUCGUCGUCCGCGGGUCCGUCGGGCCCCGGGGGCGGGGGCGGGUCGUCCGUGUUCGACGCCCUCGCGGGGUGGCACCAGAGGAACAUCAACGCGAUCCAGGCUGCGCUGGACGAGAUGAUGACGACGACGGAGGAGCUCGCGGACGGCCUCCCCGCAGCCUUGGAGGGACGGAAGAACCUCCGGACGCUGCGCGAGGAUCGCAGAGCCGCGGCGUUCGCGAUGGAGGAGGCGCGGAUCAAACUCGAGGACGCGGACAAGACGGCGAAGCGCGCGGAUCGCGCGGUCAAGGAUAACGGCGGGUCCCUGCGCGCGCCCCCGGAGCUCGCGGCGCGACGCGAGCGCGCGCGCCAGGUUCUCCUCACCGCGCGCGUGGACCUCGCGACCGCGACGACCGCGCACGCCAAGGCGGAGAAGGCGCUCACGAAGCACGAGGUGCAAGCUGCGCGGCGAUGCCUCCCGCCCGAGGCCACCGCCGUGGAUGUCUUGAACCUCUUCAAGACGUGGUCGCCGAAGACUCCGGAGGAGACAAAACGGCGCGACGCGCUGAUGCACCGCGCGGCGGUUCGCAUUCAGAGAGCGCACCGCGCGCGGACGGCGCGGCGACGGAGAGAGGCGGCGAGGCGCGGGCGGGCGCGCGCGUUGGCGGCGGGCGCCGCGCGCGUCGUCUCGUUCCUCGCCGCCGCGUGCGUCCUCCUCGCGGUCCUCGCGGCGUCGUCGCGAGUCUUCGCCGCGGUCUCCGCGCGCGGCCGCGACGUCGCGCAUCGCGCGAUGGACGACGUCUGGGGCGUCGCGAGGACGCUCGCGCCGUUGGAGCAUCGGUACUUGAACGACGCGGACCGGGCGGAUUCCGCGGCGGCCGCCGAAAAGGCGAGGGCGAAAGACGCGCUCGAGAGGCUCGCCGCCGCGCGGCGCGAGCUCGAGAGCGCGGAGAAGGCGCACGCGGUGAAGAGCAAGGCGAUGGAGAAGGAGAUGGCGUCGUUGCGGACGAUGGCGGCGAGGAAAGCGGCGACGGCGUCGAACGCGCCGAUGUGGACGCGAGCGGAGGCGCGAAACGCCGGGUACUCUGGUCGCGUCGCCGCCGCCGCGACGGCGGCCGCCUCCGAGGCUAUGGAGGCGCGGCUGCGGAACGCGACCGCGCGCGCGGACGCGGCGGUCGCGGAGGCGGACGCCGCGCGCGCGGAGCUCGAGUACCUGCGAGCGUCGACGCGGAGGGGGUUACUUCCGGAGGAGGGGAAACGGUGCUUCGCCGCCGUCGCGGACGCCAGGGCGAGCGCGGCGGCGGCGGCGGCGGCGACCGCGGGGAAGGCGGCGACGGAGAAGGCGACGAGAGCGACGCGCGAGAAGCUUCGCAGGGUUACCGAGGCGAAGACGCGCGCGGAGCGCGCGAGGGACGCGCUCUCGACGGAGCUCGACGCGUUGCGCGCGGCGACGCCCGAGCUCCGAAAGCUUUCGGAGCGCGAGGAUGGGGACGGCGGCUCGAGGAGGAAGACGGUGCUCGGCGCCGCGAAGCUCGUCGCCGCGGCGAAACGCGCGGCCGAGAGAGCGAGAGAGGCUGCCGCCGCGCUGAGAGACGCGGAGUCGCGCGCGGACGCGGCGACGAUCGAGCUCGAGGCGUUCAAAGCCGUCGUCGCCGGCGGCGUCGGCGGCGCCGGCGGCGCGUCGAAGCGCGGCGCGGCGCUCCUCGACGCCGCGUCCGUCGAGGCGGAGGCGGCGAGGGAGGCGGCCGAGCGCAUCGUCGCCGACCGCGCGCGCGCGCUCGACGAAGCCCGGAUCGUCGCGGAAGCGCGCGCGGACGCGUACAAGGUGGAGAUCAUCGCGAUGAAACGGUCCGGGUUCGGGGGCGAGUUCGGCGGCGUCGGCGGCGUCGGCGUCGGCGGCGUCGGCGUCGGAACCUUCAUCGCGAUCGCCGCGUGCGCGUACGCGCUUCUCUUUGGCUCGUCCGGGUCGAGACCUCCCGCCUCUUCCUCGUCGACGAUCGCCGUCGCGGCGUCGACCGCCGCGCCGGCGUCGUCCGACGACGCGGCUUCGACCGCCGACGCCGACGCCGACGCGGAGGCGACGCGCGUCCUGGACGCGCGGCUCGCCCCAGCGCGCGCGGCGACGCGCGCGCUCCUCGCCGAGGGCAAAGACGCGCGCGUCGCGAGGGACGCGCUGCGAGCGCUCUGGGCCGCGAUCCAUCUCGGCGGGCCGGACGCGCAGGCUGCGUUCGUCCGCGAGAGGAUGCACGAGGCGGUGUACGCGGCGAUGACGGCGCACGCGUCGGACGCGAAGGCGACGGAGGCGGCGUGCGGGUGCGUGUUGGCGGCGGCGUCGGAGAAUUACGAGGUGGCGAAAGCGCUCGCGGAUAACGGCGGGCGGCACCGCGUUCGGAAGGCGAUGCGCGCGAGCAAGAAGAUGGGGAGGAAGAUGACGUUCGGGGGGGCGUUCGAGGAGUUGAAGCCUUGGUUGCAUCGCAAGAGCCUGACGCCCGUGGAACAGGCGCGGUACGACGAAGUGGACGGCAUCGGGCCCCCGAGCGAGGCCGGGGACUCGAGUUAA